AUGUACAAAUUUGAACUGGAGAAAUGUUACAGGCCAAUUUAUUUCUGCAAGACGUGUAAUAAAGUAUUUUCAAAAGAAGAAUACGAUGGGCAUAAAGCUGUUGAAAGAAAUGAAAAACCAUUCAAAUGUGAAGUUUGUUCCCAUUUGUAUUCCAAUAGAGCUGACCUCCAAGACCACCUGGAUACGCAUGACAACAUCAUUAAGCUUAAGGGCAGUGAAGGUGGUCGUGUCAGGCAAUGUUAUGUGUGCACAAAAUGUAAUCGACACUUUGACAGAGCAAACUAUUAUGAUGAACAUAAGAUAACCGAGUCAGGCAUGAGGCCAUUCAAUUGUCCCCUGUGUUCACAGAGUUUCUCGAGAACUCGCAACAUGAUCAACCAUAUGCUACUCCAUAGAGAGAGAAAUCAACAUAUGUGUGCCAUGUGUGGAGAGUCUUUUAAGCACAGACAAGACUUGAUACUGCAUGAAAAGUCACAUGGAGGAGAGGAAAUCAAAUUCUACUGCAUGCAGUGCAACAAAACGUUCACCAGGGCUUCGGUGUACGAGGAACACUUGCGAGUGCACACCGGGGUCAGACCAUUUUGCUGCGAGAUCUGCGGCAAGACAUUUCUACGAGAGAGCAACCUGUGUGGACACAUGGUCACUCAUCGAGAAAAACAAAAGCUAAUAUGCAAGCGCAAGUUUGCCAUCAAGCAGAAGCUGUUACUACACGAGUUGGAGCAUGACAGAGAGGAACCAUUCAAAUGCACCAUCUGUCCCAUGAGUCAACCUUACAAGUUCAUGCGAGAGUAUGAGGACCACAUGCGAAUUCACACUGGUCACAAACCGUUUUGCUGUGAACUGUGCGGUAAAACUUUUCACCGUGCCAAGAACCUCUCGACUCACAGGUACGCACAUGUUAAGGAGAAGAAGUUCAAGUGCGAGGUCUGUGGCAGGGCAUUUGCACUGGGCACCCGCCUGAAGAUGCACCUUAGAAUACACACAGGGGAAAAACCGUACGAGUGCGACAUCUGUCAUGAAAAAUUUAUCAGGCGGAACGACUACAUGGACCACCGACGUCACAAGCACACCGGGGGCAACACGUGUUUGUACUGCGGCAAGAAGUACAGCAAGUUGGAGAGCAUGAGGGAGCACAUAAACGACGUGCACCGCAACAUCAAGCCAAUCAAAUGCAAGCUCUGUCAGGAGAGCUUCAGCUACAGUGUGGCCCUCUACCGACACAUGAAGAAGCACAAGGGCCAGGACAAGGACCUCAACAAAAAAAUCCAUCACUGCAAGUUCUGUACCAAGUCAUUCCCCAGACCGUGUCUGCUAGAUAGGCACAUGUGGAAAGCUCAUACUUCCUCCGAAAGUAGAGUAGUUAAAAGUGAAGAUGAAUAGGUGAUGAACAGUCUAAAGUGGAACAUUUGUGCAUUGUUAUCUUUAUUCACUGAAGCAUCAUUACUGACAACGUGAUUUUUGCUGGUUUUUGUCAUUUAUUUGGUUAUUAUCAUUAUUUCAUUAUUAUUGUUAAAUGUUGUUAUUAUUCUCGUUACGGAUGCUGUGAUGGCAAUAAUAUAAUGUUCAGAAUGUUCAUUGGUAAUGAAUAGGCCUGGUGUGCUGAUGUAAAAAUAGUUAGUUAUCCCAAGUCACAACUUCAUCAUUGUGACUAACAUUUUUCAACAAAAUUUUUCAUGAGCAUGAGUAGAUGAACUUUUCAAUCAAUCAAUCAAAUGUAUUUUAAAGCGCCAUUUCAGCGAUGUUCAACAGCGCUCUUCAAUGAAUUUCACUCUGACUUUCCUAAGUGACGGAGAAGGAAGUAGAGAGAGAGAGAGGAGAGAAAAGGGCCAGAAAAGAGGAACACAGAUUUAGCAUAUGAGUGUUUAACAACGUUAAGAAGUGAUGAAGUAAUUGCGAGAAGACGAUGGUAAUAUAUCU